AUGUCUUCGGCACGUAGCGUAGCGUGGAGAGUGGCAGACAUCGACUACAUCUUGGAGCCAUCCACUUCAGCAAUGUCGUCCACAAACUCAACCCAGCCCAUCGAUUCCACUAUCGAUCCGCCGGGUUCAUCGUCUUUUGCAAAUCGUUCAUCGCGUAAGAGAGGGCAAGCAUUCGACGUCGCCAGCACUGGUCUCAAUCUCCUCGCGAGUAUAUCCGAGGCAACAGAUGUACUCUCUCCUCUCAAGGCCAUCUGUAAAUCUACGGGUUUGAUUCUCGAGGUCAUCCAAGCUGUCGACGACAACCAAGAAGGAUGGGAUGAGCUAAGACGGCGUUUGGAAGAAUAUAUGGUCGCUGUCAAGAAUCAAAUUGACGUGUUCGAAAGUUAUCCGCCAGAAGCAAUUGCUGUUGACGACGCGUUCAAGCAACCACUUAUUCGCUAUAUCAAACGGCUCGAAGAGUUUCAUAAGACUGUGACUCGCUACGAGCAUAAACGACGUCCCAGUGGCUUUGGGGCAUUUGCCGCUGCGAGUAAGAUAAAAAUGGAUGUAGAUAUGAUCAAGAAAUUCAAUCGCGACAUCGAGGACUGCCAUCGGCAGCUAUCGGAGCAAUUAAACCUUUUCGUUGCACAUCGUAUUGAAGGCGUCGACCGGAAUAUCAAGGCUAUUAAGGCCAACGGGGAAGUCACUACGGCCAAUAUGGAGAUGAUCAAAGCCAACUUUGAGGUUACCAAAGCCAAAGUGGAAAAAAUCCUGUCGGAAGUUGAUGCGUCUGCUAUACUCCAGCUGCCAAUGGUUGCGUUCGCCGCAGCUUCAGUCCACAGGACCUGCCUCCAAGGAACUCGACAGGCUGUUCUUCAGACAAUCUGGAACUGGACAGAACAUAGCAUAUCGCAAAAGCCAAUAUUUUGGCUCUGUGAUAUCGCUGGCUCCGGCAAAUCCACAGUCGCAAUGUCCGUGGCAAACCGUUGGAGGACGGAGGGGAUCUUAGGAGGCCAAUUCUUCUUCUCCUUGUCCAGUAAUGACGGAUCCAGUACCGAGAAGUUUUGCUCGACCAUAGCUAGGGAACUUGUGCAGCAUAUGCCCGAACUCGCACCCCACGUUGCUGAGGCUGUGAAGCGAAAUCCGGCUAUCAUGCGGGAUUCGUUUCACGAGCAACUUCGAACGUUAGUCAUUGAUCCACUCCACCACCGACAGGACCGAGUGUUCCUUGUCAUUGACGCCGUCGACGAAUGUAAAUCGGGAGUACAGCGAAAGGAACUUCUCGAUGGACUUGCCAUGGUUGCUCGAGAAACUCGAAAUCUCAGGAUCUUCAUCACCAGUCGGCCAGAUCCCGUCAUCGAGGCCGUUUUGCGGCCACUCUCCAUCAAAGCAGAGUUGAGGGACCGUCUGCACAGCAUCAACCAUCGCGACAACAUCGAUGACAUUACGGCCUACGUACAUGAAUCACUCCACGGAGUACUAUCGCAGGACAAGAGACAGCGAUUGGUCGAAAAGGCCCAAGGGCUAUUCAUUUGGGCGAGCACUGCAUGCCGAAUGCUCAAAGGCGAAGCCACAUUAGACAGCCCCGAAAGCAUAUACGAUCGCCUGGUCGCGGUCGACCAGACGGGGGAUAUAGACGAAGUAUAUAGCCUCGUCUUUGAGCGGGUGGACUCGAAGUCUUACACGACUAUGUGCCAUAUGCUCGGCCUUCUACUUGCAGCAUUCGAGCCGCUCCCAAUCGGCGAUUUGGAUGACCUGUUCAAGCACGCCGGAAUCCAGGGGACUGCCAAGGUAUUGGUACAGAACCUUGGGAGUGUUCUUACUGAGGAUGCAACUACACACGUCAUCCAAUUUCGGCAUCCCACCAUGGUCGAGUAUCUUCGACGUUGCUCUAUCGCUACAGAUAGCAAUAAUCGCAAUAGGAUCAGCAUAAACAUGGCCAAGGCGCAUGGUCAGGCCGCAUCGUGGUGUCUCAAAUGCCUUAAGUCGCGGAAGGAAGGUCUCAGAUUCAACAUAUGUCAACUCGAGUCAUCUUUCUACCUAAAUAGGCAGAUCCCGAACCUUGAUGUCAAAGUAUCAAAGUUCAUCCCAACGAGACUUCGAUAUGCGGUUUCCCAUUGGUUGCUUCACGUGGCAGAAACUGAUGACAGUUGGCAACGCACACUCAGAAAUGAGGUGCGACACGUUCUUCGGGUUCCAUACGUACUAUACUGGAUGGAAGUUCUAAGUCUUACUGGAGGAGUCUCACGCGCCAUUUCCGGUCUUCGAGCUCUUACGCAGCAGACAGGACUUACAGAAGAGACUAUAAGCAGUAUAACGGAAGUCCGACGGUGCAUGAUGGCAUUCUUGGUGCCGAUUCAGGAUAGCGUUCCACACAUCUACAUUUCCAUGCUUCCUUUUACACCUAGAUGGUCAAAUAUCCAUUUAGAAGGUCUGAAAAAGUACAGGAACACAUUUCUUGUAACUCAAGGGCUCGAGGAGACGUAUCCUGGGCUCCCUGAGGUUAUUGAAGGUCACAAAGGCUCAAUCCUUGCCGUCGCAUUCUCGCCGGAUGGCUCACAAUUCGUCUCUGGUUCGAAGGAUAUGACAAUUCGAAUCUGGGACGCAGACACUGGCCAAUCAUUGGGAGAGCCACUCCGAGGUCACAAUUCCGAAGUUUCGGCCAUCGCGUUCUCGCCAGAUGCCUCAAGAAUUAUCUCUGGUUCGGGGGACUCUACAAUUCGACUAUGGGAUGCAGUCAAUGGUCGGCCAUUGGGGGAGCCACUUCGAGGCCACCGAGGCAAGGUUAUCACUGUCGCGUUCUCGCCAGACGGUUCACGGAUCGUCUCUGGCUCAGAGGACGGAAUAGCCCGAUUGUGGCACGCAGUGACUGGUGAACUUUUAGGAGAGCCACUCCUUGGUCAAGAAAAGCCUGUCAAUGCCAUCACGUUUUCAUUAGAUGGUUCACGAAUUGUCUCUGGCUCUCGGGGAUAUACACUUCGACUGUGUGACGUCGACAGUGGUCAGAUAUUGGGAAGGCCACUUCGAGGUCACCUAGGCAAGGUCACCGCUGUCGCGUUCUCGCCAGACGGUUCACGAAUCGCCUCUGGCUCACAGGACUACACAAUUCGAAUAUGGGACGCUGAGACAUGUGAGCCACUGGGAGAGUCACUUCAAGAUCACCAAUAUUGGGCCGUCAGCCUCGCAUUCUCGCCGGACGGUUCACGAAUCGCCUCUGGCGGGCAUAAUGGUAUUCGACUGUGGGACGUGGAGACAUGUGAACCCUUGGGAGAGUCACCUAAAGGUCACCGACAUUGGGUCAUCAGCAUUGCAUUUUCGCCAGAUGGUUCACGAAUCGCCUCUGGCGAGUAUGGCGGUGAUGUUCGACUGUGGGACGCGGGGACAUGCGAGCCCUUGGGAGAGCCACUUCGAGGCCACCGAUCCUCGGUAGCUGCCGUCGCCUUCUCGCCAGACGGUUCACGAGUCGCCUCUGGUUCACACGGCAACACAAUUCGACUAUGGAACGCGGAGACAGGUGAACCCUUGGGAGAGCCACUUCAAGGUCACCCAUCUUGGGUCGUCAGCAUCGCAUUCUCGCCAGACGGUUCACGAAUCGUCUCUGGCUCGCUUGGCGGUGAUAUUCGACUGUGGGAUGCAGUCAAUGGUCAGCAGUCGGGAAAGCCACUUCGAGGACGCUCAGUCAGUACCGUCGGAUUCUCGCCAGACGGCUCACAAAUUGUCUCUGGCUCCGAAGACUCGAUAAUUCAACUGUGGGACGCAGAGACUGGUGUGCUUUUAAGAGAGCAACGAGUGGGUCACAUGGGGCAGGCCAGCGUCGUCGCACUCUCACAAGAUGGUUCACGAAUUGUCUUUGGCUCAAAAGAUGAUACUAUUCGAAUAUGGGACGCGGAUAAUGGUGAGCUAUUGGGUGAACAACUUAAUGGUCAUCAAGACGUGGUUACCUCUGUCGCGUUCUCGCCAGAUGGUUCACGAAUCGUCUCUUCCUCAAAGGACCAGACAGUUCGACUAUGGGACGCUGAGACAUGUGAGCCACUGGGAGAGCCACUUCGAGGCCACGGAUUCCGGGUCACUGCCGUCGCUUUCUCGCCAGACGGCUCACGAAUCGCCUCUAGCUCUCGUGACCACACCAUUCGACUAUGGGACGCGGAGACAUGUGAACCCUUUGGAGAGCCACUUCAAGGUCACGAAUAUUGGGCCGUCAGCAUUGCAUUCUCGCCAGACAGUUCACGAAUCGUCUCUGGCUCGCUUGGCGGUGAUAUUCGACUGUGGGAUGCGGCUAAUGGUAAGCCGUUAGGAGAGUCACUCCUUGGUAACAACUAUCGGGUUUACGCCGUCGCAUUCUCGCCAGACGGUUCACGGAUCGUCUCUGGCUGCAGUGACGAAAAGAUUCGAAUAUGGGACGCAGACACUGGUCAGCCGUUGGGAGAACCACUUUGCGGUCAUCAAAUGCGGUCACUGCCGUCGCAUUCUCGCCAAACGGGUCACGAAUCGCCUCUGGCUCGAGAGAAGAUUCAAUUUGGCUGUGGGAUCUGGGUUACGGCCGUCGCAUUCUCGCCAGACAGUUCACGAAUUGUCUCCGGCUCCGAGGACUGUACAGUCCGCCUGUGGGACGCGGACACUGGUCAGAGGGUCACCUCUGUCGCUUUCUCCCCCAACGGCUCACGAAUCGUCUCUGGCUCCAACGACUCUACAAUUCGAUUGUGGGACGCGAUGACUGGGGAGUCAUUGCGAAAGCUAGGCCACGAAAGCUGCGUUAGCGCCGUCGCCUUCUCGCCAGACGGCUCAAGAAUUGUUUCUGGCUCGCUGGAUGACACAGUUCAGCUGUGGGAUGCAGAGACUGGUGAGCCUUUGGGAGAGCCACUUCACGGUCACCAAGGAGAGGUCAAUGCCGUGGCAUUCUCGCCAGAUGGCUCGAUAAUAGUAUCUUGCUCGUGGGACCAAACGAUUCGAUUGUGGGACGCGUGCACCGGCGAACCACUGGGAGAGCCACUCCGAGGACACCAACGCUCAGUCAGUGCCGUCGGAUUCUCGCCAGACGGCUUACGAAUCGUCUCCGGCUCACUUGACGGGACGACUCGACUGUGGGAUGUCGACACAGGCAAAAGUGCAAAUAACUCCGAUCAUAGUGGUAGCGAGUCUACAUGUUCAGGUUCGCUCGAAGAUAUGGAGGGUACUCCUCUUGGGAUAUCCGUACCUGGGUUUGAGCUUUGCUCGCUUGUUGAUGAUGGCUGGGUGAAAUCAUCCGAGAAAUUUCUCUUCUGGGUCCCGCCAAACAAUCGGCAUGGACUGAUAUAUCCGCAUCUUUUGACUAUGCCAACAACAAAUGAUGGAUAUCGCUUGACAUAUGGAGGCUACGAUUUCUUGGCUAUCCGUGCGCUAUCAAAACGUGACUCGGUGACUGCUGUCGGGAAUCAGAUUGGUGUCGGAAAGGAAUCAGAUAUCUACGUGGUGACCAACGCCGAAGGAGAGGAACGAGUUCUCAAACUUCACCGACUUGGAAGAGUGUCUUUCAGGGCCAUCAAAUCUAAGCGGGACUACCUAGGCAAGCGCAAGAGCGCAACUUGGAUGUACAUGUCCCGACUAUCAGCGCAGAAGGAAUGGGCUUUCAUGAAAGUCUUGCACGAAAACGGGUUUCCCGUCCCUAAACCACUUGACCAAGCGAGGCACUGUGUCCUCAUGGAAUUAAUCGACGCAUACCCUCUUCGACAAAUUUCUGAACACCCAUCCCCUGGGACUCUGUACUCCUCUCUGAUGGACCUCAUCGUCCGUUUUGCACACGCAGGGUUGAUACACGGAGACUUCAACGAAUUCAACAUUCUCAUCCACCGAGUGACGGGCGAACCCAUCGUCAUCGACUUUCCGCAAAUGGUCAGCACGCGACACGCAAACGCAGAGUUUUACUUUAAUCGCGACGUGGAAUGCAUCAAGACAUUCUUUUUGCGCCGAUUUGGGUACCAGAGUUUGGUGUGGCCUCGAUUUAGCCGGAUCAUCAAGGAAGGCGAAAAGGAUGAAGAGUCAUUCCGACUCGACGUCGUUGUAGCGGCAAGUGGUUUCGGUAGAAAGGAUCAAGAAGAGUUGGAAAAGUACAUGGAGAUGCAGGGAGGGGAUGACGAUAGAUCUCAAUCAGAGUCUGAAGAAGAAUCUGAUGAAGAUGAACACUCGGAAGCAGUCCCUCUCAACGACAAUGACGUGGUGCCCGAAUCUGGAUCGGACAAGGAGCAGGGGGUGGAGAAUGCGUCUGAACAGGACUCGGACGACGAAUCAAGGACAUCUAGCUCACGCUCAAAUCUCUCUGAACGACCACGGAACUCCAAGAAGAGUAAACCAAAAGCGAGACAGGAAGCCGAUGUGAAGGAGCUAGUCUCGAGCGAACUUGCAAAGCAAAGGUCACGCCAGGAAAAGCGAUAUCACUCCAAGAGAAGCGCUGGGAAGCCAGGGAGAACAAAGGGAAGUAAGAUGAAAAGCGACAAAAAAGUACGGGUCAAUGACGGCUGGGACUGA